UCCUCAUCGUUUUGCCCAUUCAAUCCUUUAUUACUCUCUCACUUUUUCUCCACCCUCCACUUCCACAAUGACCUCGCCCGAUACACAGGAACGAGAAUGCGCGUCGACACGAGGUGCGGCACCAGCUCAACUUAGCUCAGACUCGCGCCUGACUUCAUUAUCCCCCGCCUCUGCUUCCGACUCACCUUUAUCUUCGUUCCCCUCAUCACAUCAAACACUCCCCGAACAUUCAAAAUCCCCUCGUGACGAUCCCAUUGCAUACGGCGGCCACCCUAAAAACAAAGACCGACCAUAUCCUCUCUCUCUCGUCCCCUUUGACCUCAGCGAACCUUAUGAGGUCUCCGAAUACCUUACUAUCCGCCCCUACGAUAAGGUGUGCCGAGUUGACUAUCUGGGCCAAUCCUGGGCCAAUGGGUACAGGGACGGGAUGAUCGUUGAUGAGCAAAGGUUCGACGACGGGCAUGUUCGUCGCUAUCUUGAUCGGUUCAUCCAAGAGAACCAGGAGAUGAUGGCUACCACGUUCUCACAUCAAGCAAAUUUGAAAACGGUCUUCUACGACAAUGAUGACAAAGAAUGGACGAAGCUAGAUCUAGUGGAUGUGUACAGACGGCGGACGGGGAAAGUUCUGGGAGUCCCCUCUCAAUCGCAAGACACCGCCGAAUCAAGAAUUGAUGGUGCCACUACUCCGGACGCCUCUCUCAUCGGCAGUGUAAAUGAUCCUAGCUCUCCCUCGGGCUGGAAAGAAAUGCUUUACGCAGUCAUCGAAGUGAAGUGGAUGCAAUUAGCGGAUCUUCUUACCGGCGAGGCUAAAAGUCAAACCGACGAGAAAGCUCUUAGUUACCUCCGCCAGGAAGGCGUGUUUCAAACUAUGUGGUAUGUCAUCUUGGGCUACGCCAUUUCGCGCUGCAUCUUCGGUCUCUCUAUAGUCAACGAAUACUUUUAUCGGGUUGUGUAUCUCUAUCGAGACUCGACCCCGGACAUUCCCGUACUUGCCCUAGAGGCAGAUAACGAGUUUUUGGAGAAAGUCAGACGACAUUUUGGACAUAUGCCAGAUGAUUACUCUGUCGAGGAACUCGCGGAGCUGCAAGACUUUUGGUCGUCGCCUCCCAAUUGUCUGAUCAGCGACCGUGCCAACGCCGCGUUGAAUAAAGAGGCGAGGUAUCACCUCGAUGCGACCAUCCUUUUGUUUCUUGCUCAUGCAGCGGCACUUCCAAUACAACGCUUCCUCAACGACCUGCCCCUCCCUUUUGCUCAUCAUGUUCCUGUUGAUGCGACCGCUCAUUCAGCCGCCGACAUGAGGUUGAAAGGAUUAGAGGCUGGGCGCAGGCGACACAGUCUUCAUUCGACCAAGAGGAACAAGCGCACAUUGGCGGCUUUGCAUGAUGAAGAGAAAGGUGAAGAGGACAAGCCAGGGGACGACAAGCCGCCUGGCAAGGAUAAUGAUGGCUCACAAGGCGGAAAUUCCGGCUUUGGGGGCGAUAAUUCUCGUGGGGGAGGGUCUGGUUCUGGCGGAGGGUCUCGUCCUGGUGAAGGGUCUCGUCCUGGCGGCAGGGGUAUAGGCGGAGGCUCCUCUUCUCGUCGUGCUGAGGCGUUUGACAGUCGAACGUCUACGGCGCCGCAAGAGUUCAGGAAGGACCUGGAGAGGCUAUCUGCUCCUGAGGAAAUGUUGGACAUGAAGACGUCCAUCAUGGCCUCCCUCCUCUCCAAUGACCGUGCCAACUGCUCUAGGGCUCUCUCCUCUAUCGACAGUGACUCCUCUGGACAGUUGGACUCGUCGUUUGACACGUCCUUCGACUCCAAUAAGGGAGCUCUUGUCCUUGACGAUCUUCCCGACAAUCCCCCCCAAAUAGUUAACAAGUCCGACCCUGUCGAUAUCGACCUUGAAGAUAUCGAUCCAGAGUCGGGCGAGCUUACGUUGGCGGCCUUUAAGGACCGCCUAACGAUGCUCGGGGUUCGGGUGAAGCUGGUGACUCGGGACCAGAUGGACGUCUUGUUGGCCCGAGGAUGAAGGGACAGCUUCGGCUGUUGAGUGGGCGGAUAGAGGAGAGUGGGAUAAUUUUUUUUGUUGUCAUAUUGGAAGUUGUAAAUCGGAUAGACAUUAUUAUCUUGUAGAGAUAUG